AUCAUAACUGGUUUUUGCUGUCAUAUAUGAUAUGAUAUUCCUUUCAUAUAAAGAUGAUAUAUAGAAUAGAGGUUCACUAUUAAACUGAGGAGCUAUCACAUUCUCUUCUCUUGAACUGACAAUAACCUUUGUAUCCGGGAACCAUGACAAAGAACUAUGGCUUCCUCAUCUGCAUACUUGUGAUGGUCAUGGAUAUUAUAGCUGGCAUACUUGGAAUUCAAGCAGAAAUAGCUCAGAAUAAGGAAGAGCACAUGAAGGUGGGGGUAUUUGAAUGUAGAGUUCCAAGCUAUGAAGCCUUCAAGCUAGGAUUAGCAGCCACAGUUCUGUUGGCCCUGGCUCAUGUAAUUGCCAACUUGCUUGGUGGCUGCAUUUGUGUGUGGAGCAGAGAUCAAUACACAAAAGCCACUGCCAACAGACAAUUAGCCGUGGCUUUUCUAAUUUUCUCAUGGAUGAUAUUAGCAGUUGCAUUCUCCAUGCUGAUAAUAGGCACAUUAGCGAACUCAAGAUCAAAGCAAUCUUGCAAUAUAUUGAACCAUAGGCUGCUAUCCAUUGGAGGCGUUCUAUGCUUCAUCCAUGGAUUAUUCGUUGUUCCUUAUUACGUUUCUGCCACUGCCACAAGAAGGGAAGAAUCCAAGAGGCUAGAACAACCCCUGCCCAUCCCAGGACACACGUAAAUUAAUCAUAUAUACAAAGUAACAUUCAAAUUGAUACAUAAAAAAUGUACAAUUAUUACUCCAACUUUUUUUUAUUCGUUUUCUCUAUACAUGUAGCAGAGUGAAAUUGUCAAGUUAACAUGACCCUUACGGGUUUCUAGGCUUUGAUGCAAAAAUCAUUAGAAAGAAAAUUGUAUUUGGUAAUUGUGAUGCUUCAAUAGAAAAAAGAAGCAUACAUCUCACUAUCUCAGCAUGUACUAUUUC